ACACGUCUAGGUUACGAACCUAAUAGGCUACAUCUGCAUUCGUAUAAUCCGGCGCAUUUGCUCGGCUAAUUUCGACGGAAAAUUCAUCAAGCUUUUGCGUUUUCUGCAAUUCCCAGAGAGUGGCAGAAAUGGCAUUUGCGUUCAGUUCAACAGCGAUUCAUGGCAGCUCUCUAUCUCAACAUACAAAAGGAUCACAAAUGGGAUGUUUUCCGGCGUGGGAUGGGGCGCAUGGGCCACCGCCGGCGGUGAGGUUCUCCGGGCGUCAUUCCGCCGUGAGGCCAUUAAAGGAUGAGGCAAAACGCAAUGAGUCGGCUGUUGCCUCAGCCUCAGCCUCAGCAGCAGCCAUUGUUACUCCAGAUGUUGCUGAGAAAGUAGAGGCAGAAGACUAUGGGAAGCUAGCUAAGCAACUGGGAAAUGCUUCCCCUUUUGAGAUUAUGGACAUGGCUCUUGAGAAAUUUGGGGAUGAAAUUGCUAUUGCCUUCAGUGGCACAGAAGAUGUUGCUUUGAUUGAGUAUGCACACCUAACUGGUCGACCAUUUAGAGUAUUCAGUCUUGAUACUGGGAGGUUAAACCCGGAGACAUAUAGAUUUUUCGAUGUAAUCGAGAAACACUAUGGUAUUCAUAUCGAAUACACGUUUCCUGAUGCUGUUGAAGUCCAAGCUUUGGUGAGGAACAAGGGGCUUUUCUCUUUUUACGAGGAUGGCCACGAGGAAUGCUGCCAUGUGAGGAAAGUGAGGCCCUUGAGGAGGGCGUUGAAGAGCUUACGUGCUUGGAUCACUGGGCAGCGGAAAGAUCAAUCCCCUGGCACCCGAUCUGAAAUUCCAGUUGUUCAGUUAGACCCGUCGUUCGAGGGGAAAGAUGGCGGGGUUGGAAGCUUGGUGAAGUGGAACCCGUUGGCGAAUAUGGAGGGCAACGACGUUUGGAGCUUCCUUAGAACGAUGAACGUGCCUGUGAACUCGUUGCAUUCCCAAGGCUACAUCUCCAUCGGGUGUGAACCCUGCACGAGGCCCGUCCUACCCGGGCAACACGAGAGAGACGGGAGGUGGUGGUGGGAAGAUGCAAAGGUCAAGGAAUGCGGUUUACAUAAAGGCAACAUCAAAGACGGAGGAAGCUUAAAUGGCACCGGAAAUGGCGCUUUCCAUGCCACUAAAGCGGAUAUUCUAGACUCCAAGCAUAUCGUAACCUUAAGCAGGCCUGGAAUCGAGAACAUGUUGAAAACCGAAGAAAGGAGAGAGCCGUGGAUGGUCGUUCUUUACGCCCCCUGGUGCUGAUUCUGCCAGGCUAUGGAAGAACCAUACAUUCAAUUAGCCGAGAAAUUGGCAGGGUCGAGCAUUAAGCUCGCCAAGUUCAGGGCUGACGGGCCACAGAAAUCCUUCGCCCAACAAGAACUACAGCUCGGCAGCUUCCCAACAAUACUCUUCUUCCCCAAGCACUCUUCUCGCCCUGUCAAGUACUCAUCCGAGAAGAGGGAUGUAGACUCGUUGCUGGCUUUCGUGAAUGCCCUCCGAUGAAGCAUUGCUCUUGGAGCGAGCGACAACCAAAUGAAAUCGAUAAAAACAGGUAGAAGAUGAGGAAUCGAUAUCUGCAUUUCGGAGAAUAGGUGAUAGUUUAGGAAGCUCUGAUAUUGUAGGGAUUCUUUAGAUAGAAUUAGGAACUGCAGAAAUAUAUGUAAGCACUCUUCUUCCAAAUCCAUUAGUCUUUUUUC